AGGAGGAGGAAAACUGAAGGCUGAGGCAGGACUGACUGAAGUCCAGAAGAUGAGUGUUUGUGUGGAAGAAGAAGAGGACAGAGCAGAGUGUCCAGGAUCCAGCUGUCUGUCUAUGAAGAGAAAAAUAUCCAAACAGAGAGAUCCUCCAUACUUCAGUAAUGAACCUGGACCCUCAGACACACAACCGCCUAAAAUCCAGAAAACAAGUGUUUGUGUGGAGGAAAAGGAGGACAGAGCAGAGUCUCCAGGAUCCAGCUGUCUGCCUAUGAAGAGUGACUGGUCCAAACAGAAAGAUCUUCCAGACUUCAGUCAUGAACCUGGACCCUCAGACACAAAAGGUCAGGACCACAGGCUGAGAGCAGAGUUUCCAGGAUCCAGCUGUCUGUCUCUGAAGAGUGACUGGUCCAAAGAGUUUAAUUCUCCAGACUUGAGUCAUGAACCUGGACCCUCAGACACAAAAUUUUCAGCAGAUAGUGGUCUGCAGGAGGUUUUAGAUGAACAUAAGAUCAGUCUGAGGAGGAGAUGUGAACGUGUGACUGAAGGAACUGAUGGAACAGGAAGUGAAACCCUCCUCAACAGGAUUUACACUGAGCUCUACAUCACAGAGGGACAGAGUGAAGAGGUUAAUACCCAACAUGAGGUGAGGCAGCUGGAGACAGCUUUCAAGAUGGAGACCCUCCAUGACACUCCAAUCAAGUGCCACGACAUCUUUAAAGUCUUACCUGAGCAACAGAGACGCAUCAGAGUCGUUCUGACGAACGGCGUCGCUGGCGUUGGAAAAACCUUCUCAGUGCAGAAGUUCACUCUGGACUGGGCAGAGGGCUCUGAAAACCAAGACGUCAGUCUGCUGGUUCUGCUUUCGUUCAGGGAGCUGAACCUGAUCAAAGAGAAGAAGUACAGUCUUCUCAGGCUGCUCCAUGUUUUCCAUCCAACAUUAAAGAAGCUCACAGCAGAGAAGCUCGCUGUCUGUAAAGUGUUGUUCAUCUUUGAUGGCCUGGAUGAAAGCAGACUUUCACUGGAUUUCAACAACAGGAAGGUCGUGUAUGAUGUCUCACAGAAGUUAUCUGUCAACGUGCUGCUGACAAACCUCAUCCGGGGGAAUCUGCUUCCCUCAGCUCUGGUCUGGAUAACUUCCCGACCUGCAGCAGCCAAUCAGAUCCCUCCUGCGUGUGUGGACAGGGUAACAGAAGUACGAGGCUUCACCGACGCCCAGAAGGAGGAGUACUUCAGGAGGAGAUCCAGUGAUGAAGAGCUGUCCAGAAGAAUCAUCUCACACAUCAAGACGUCCAGGAGCCUCCACAUCAUGUGUCAGAUCCCAGUCUUCUGCUGGAUCUCUGCUACAGUUCUGGAGCACAUGUUGACCACAGAGCAGAGAGGAGAGCUGCCCAAGACCCUGACUGACCUGUACUCACACUUCCUGCUGGUUCAGACAAACAGGAAGAAGCACAAGUAUGAUGGAGGACAUGAGACGAGUCCACGGGAGCUGACGGAGGCUGACAGGGACAUUCUUCUGAAGCUGGGGAGGCUGGCGUUUGAACAUCUGAGGACAGGAGACAUCAUGUUCUAUCAAGAAGACCUGGAGCAGUGUGGUCUUGAUGUCACAGAGGCCUUGGUUUACUCAGGAGUUUGUACACAGAUCUUCAAAAGAGAGAGUGUGAUCUUCCAGAAAACAGUCUACUGCUUUGUUCAUCUGAGCAUUCAGGAGUUUCUGGCUGCAGUCUAUAUGUUCCACUGUGCCACCAACAGGAAGACAGCGGUACUGAAGGACUUCCUUGGAAGACAACAUCUUGAUUCAAGCCUGGAUCUCUUCCUGAUGGAAACAGUAAAAAAAUCUCUGAGCAGUAAAAAUGGCCACCUGGACCUGUUUGUUCGCUUCCUUCAUGGCCUCUGUCUGGAGUCCAACCAGAGACACUUAGGAAGCCUGCUGGGACAGACAGAGACCAGUCCAGAGACCAUCCAGAGAGCCAUCAACAACCUGAAGGACAUCAAGACAAAAAUGUCUCCUGACAGAAGCAUCAACAUCUUCCACUGUCUGAUGGAGAUGAACGACCUCUCAGUACAUCAGGAGAUCCAAGAGUUCCUGAAGUCAGGGAACAGAUCAGAGAAACUGUCUGAGAUCCACUGUUCAGCUCUGGCCUACAUGCUGCAGGUGUCAGAGGAGGUUCUGGAUGAGUUGGACCUGAACAAGUACAAGACAUCAAAGGAGGGACGACGGAGACUGAUCCCAGCUGUGAGGAACUGCAGAAAGGCUCGACUUUCUGACUGUGGACUCCCCGAGACUCACUGUGAAGUCAUGGCCUCAGCUCUGAUGUCCAACUCCUCCCAGCUCACAGAGCUGGACCUGAGUGGAAACAAAGACCUGCAGGAUUCAGGAGCGAAGCUGUUGUCUGCUGGACUGGAGAGUCCAAACUGUAGACUGGAGACCCUGAGGUUGAGGGGCUGCAGUUUGUCAGAGAUCAGCUGUGCUUCUCUGUUCUCAGCUCUGAAGUCCCACCCCUCCCAUCUGAGACACCUGGACCUGAGUGACAGCAAGCUGCAGGAUUCAGGAGUGAAGGAUCUGUGUGGUUUUCUGCAGAGUCCAGACUGUGGACUGGAGACUCUGAGGUUGAGUUACUGCAGGUUGUCAGAGAUCAGCUGUGCUUCUCUGGCCUCAGCUCUGAAGUCCAACCCCUCCCAUCUGAGACACCUGGACCUGAGCUCCAACAACCUGCAGGAUUCAGGAGUGAAGCUGCUGUGUGGUUUUCUGCAGAGUCCAGACUGUGGACUGGAGACUCUGAGGUUGAGUUUCUGCAGUUUGUCAGAGAUCAGCUGUGCUUCUCUGGCCUCAGCUCUGAAAUCCAACCCCUCCCAUCUGAGAGAGCUGGACCUGAGUAAAAACUGGAACCUGCAGGAUUCAGGAGUGAAGGAUCUGUGUGGUUUUCUGCAGAGUCCAGACUGUGGACUGGAGACUCUGAGGUUGUCAGAGAUCAGCUGUGCUUCUCUGGCCUCAGGUCUGAAGUCCAACCCCUCCCAUCUGAGACACCUGGACCUGAGUGAAAACUGGGACCUGCAGGAUUCAGGAGUGAAUCAUCUGUGUGGUUUUCUGCAGAGUCCAGACUGUGGACUGGAGACUCUGAGGUUGAGUUCCUGCUGGUUGUCAGAGAUCAGCUGUGCUUCUCUGGCCUCAGCUCUGAAGUCCAACCCCUCCCAUCUGAGAGACCUGGACCUGAGUGGAAACGACCUGCAGCCGGACAACGAGUCACUACUCCAGAGACUUUCUGCUGCGGCUCGCACUGCCUCCAUUGAGCCCACUGACAAAGGCACAUUCCCUGAGGAAAUCCGACGGGACUUUGACUCCACAAACAACACGAAAAAGAAGAAACUUGGCAAUAAUGACAGUGAUGACACGCUGCACGUAGACGGCUUUGCCCCCCCGAUCCGACUCGACCGGGACACAGAACGCACUGGGAAGCUACAUGGUGGAGGCGUGUGUUUCUACGUAAACACAUGCUGGUGCUCCACGGUCGUCAUCAGAGAGGAGCUGUGCAAUGCAGACAUUGAGCUUCUGUCCGUCUCUCUUCGCCCCUUCUAUCUUCCAAGGGAGUUCCCCCAACUCUUCUUCAUCCUGGUUUACAUUCAUCCCAGAGCAAAUGCAACUGCAGCUGCUGAACACAUAAAGGACACUGUAAACAGACUAGAACUCAUGUCACCAGACUCUCCUAAAUUCAUACUGGGUGACUUCAAUCACAGCACAGUUGACAAAUCACUGAAAGGAUUUCAGCAGUACGUCACCUGCACGAUCCAACUAAAGAAAACACUGGAUAAAUGUUAUGGAUCUAUCCCCAAUGCCUAUAAAUCUAUUGCUCUUACUCCUCUGGGCUCCGCAGACCACCACACCAUCCUGUUGGCAAUAGCCUACAUCCCGGUCAUAAGGAGAAUAGAGAGGACUGUCAAAAACAUCAAGCAAUGGACUAAUGACAGCAUUGCCACUCUGCAGGGAUGCUUUGAAACCACAGCCUGGGACAACAUCCUGGCAUCCACCAGUGACAUCAGCGAGCAAGUGGAUGCUGAGUCAUCAUACAUUUCUUUCUGUGUGGACAAUAUCAUUCCCUCCAAACACGUCACCAUCUUCCCCAACAACAAAUCCUGGAUAACCAAAGAAUUUGAAACAGACAACACCUCCAAAACAGAAACCUUUAUCUCCUCCCUCACUAAUGCUGAAGUGGAAUUAUCCUUCAGCACAGUGGAGGUGGUAAGAGCUCUGAGGAGGACCAAAACAACCACAACACCUGGUCCUGACAAUAUCAGUGGACAUGUCUUACGGCACUGUGCAGAGCAGCUGGGAGGUCCACCCACCCAGAGUGUCAUCUGGUUAAGUACGCUGAUGACACAGUUCUCCUGUCCCUGCUCUCUGGCUGCUCUCACCACCUGGGCCCAGCACUCCAGCGUGGAGCUGAACGUGGAGAAGACAAAGGAGAUGGUGGUGACCUUCUCUAGAAAGCAGAGGGAGCUGGCUACAACAUCUGUCAGCACAAUCCACGGGAAGCCGUGGGUCAACAGCACCAUUCUGAGGACAUUCUAUCACUCCUUCAUAGAGAGUGUCAUGACAUUCUCUAUAACCUGCUGGUUGCACUCCAUCUCUCCUCAGAAAAGGAACCAUCUGCAAAGCACAGUCAAGUGCCACUCUGAGCCCUCACAUAUCUCGGACUCGCUGCCUCCAUCUUCUGUGGAGUCUCCGGGAGACACUCCAUCCAACCCGGGUCUGGAGGACAGGGAGGAGUUCCCGCUCCUGCCUGAGCCACAGGGAGUGCCACUAUUUCAGCUCAACGUGAUGGCCUGCAACACCAUCUACCUCCACGGCCAGCAGUCCCUGCUCUACCCCUACCUUGCCACAGUCUGCGGCGAGUACGUCCUCUGCUCCUCAAACCUGCAGAGAGGGUGCCGUGGCUGCUCUGCUCCUCACACCCGCAGGGAGGGUUCCGUGCCUGCUCCGUCCUCUGCUCCUCGCACCCGCAGGGAAGUGCCUCUUUGA